AUGCAGCAAGAACACGCAUCAUCACUACCAUUAAAUGAAGACGCUCACAAUUCUGACUCCAAAUUAACCGAAAAAGAUUUUGAACUCAUUGAAGAAGCCAAACGCGUCUCACGUCGUCUUCACCAACCGCACUAUCACGUCGUCGUUGGCGCACUACGCACCUCUCCACCAUCAGACAAAAUCUACACCGGUAUUCACAUCGAAUCAUCGCAGCCAUUGUGUGGCGAGGUGAGUGCCGUGUGCUCGAUGAUCAACGAUGGACGAGAGAUGGGUGAGCUCGAGACAAUUGUAGCACUGGCUGGC